AUGGAGCCAGCGUGGCUGUGGCUGUGGCUGCUGGGAGCAGGGAUCCUGGCCUCUGCCCAUGGAGACAAGAGCCCGGGGUUGCCUCGCCCCAGGGGUCGGCUCCCAGAGCCAGCGCCCGCCUACCGCCAAGUCACACCCACCAUCACCAGCUCUUUGCGCGUGUACCAGCAGCUGGCAGCGGAAACCCCGGGAAACAUCCUCUUCUCCCCGGUGAGCAUCGCCAGCACCCUGGCCCUGCUCUCUCUCGGGGCCCAAGCCGACACCUCGACCCAGAUCCUGCAGGGCCUGGGCUUUAACUCACGGCGCUUUCUGGACGACAUCAGGGAGCUGUAUGGAGCCUUGGCUUUCUCUGUUAACCUCACGGAUUCUGCCACAGCCCGGAGGCAGAUGAAUGACUACGUGAGGAAGCAAACGUACGGGCAGGUGGUGGACUGCCUGCAGGAGUUCAGCGAGGACACGCCCAUGGUUCUCCUGAACUACAUCUUCUUCAAAGCCAAGUGGAAGCAUCCUUUCCAGCGCUACCAGACCCAGAAGCAAGAGAGCUUCUUUGUGAACGAGAGGACCUCCCUCCACGUCCCCAUGAUGCACCAGAAGGAAAUGCACAGGUUCCUGUACGACCAGGAGCGGGCCUGCACGGUGCUGCAGAUCGAGUACAGCGGCAACGCGCUGGCCCUGCUCAUCCUCCCGGACCCGGGGCAAAUGCAGCAGGUGGAGGCCGCUCUGCAGCCCGAGACCCUGCGGACAUGGAGCCAGCUGCUCCUGCCCAGUGUGCUGGACUUGCACUUGCCAAGGUUUGCCAUUUCUGGAGCAUAUAACCUGGAAGAGAUACUUCCCCACAUCGGGCUCAGCAACAUUUUCAACUUAGGAGCCGACUUGCUGGGAGCCCCUGGGCGGCUGAAUGGAACCAUCUUCCGGGUGUCGCACAAGGCAGCCAUGGACAUGAGUGAGCGGGGAACCAAGGCUGGGGCUGCCUCCGGCCUCCUCUCCCAACCCCGGCCUCUGAACGUGACGUGGGCCCCCCACGCCCAUUUCAACAGGCCUUUCCUGGUGCUUGUCUGGGAGGUGACCACCCAGAGCUUACUCCUCCUGGGAAAGGUCGCCAACCCAGCUGCAGGCUGACGCCGGGGAGGCAGGAGGGUCCUGUCGCCCCUGCAAACCCGCAGGCAGGCCUCAGCCGCCAGCAGGCCGAUGGGAGGAAUGUUCAUCCGUGUGCAGAGGCCCGAAUAAAGUUGCCUUGGGUGUUGUGAGCACUGAGAGCAAUGCUCACAAGGAAGGUGGCUCCGCGUUGCCCUUCAUUCGCCCCACAAUCCCCUUGAAUCUAGUGUCGCCUUCACCUGUGGUCAGAAAGUUGACAAGGAGAAGAGCUCCAUGUUAUGUCCUGGAAGAUGUCCACACCACCGUCACCAAGUGUCCCAGGAAAAGGCACAAAGGACAUCAGGAGAAAUCAGAGUC